AAAAUCGUAGGGCCUUAUAUUUUAUAUUUUUAUGUUCAGAACUGAAUAUAGAACCAAAAUAUACAAAAAAGCAAAUAAAAAAAAAAAUUAAUUUUUUACCGAUUUGUUGUGAACUUCCCCCUUAAUCUGCUUCCUAAUUUCUGUAUGCAAUUUGAAGAUACCUUAUAUAACUAUUUCUCUAAGCAGUAUUAUUUUUUAAUUUGCUGGAAGUGUUUUAAUACCAAAUUUUGUUGAAACUCCCAUAGCAGCCCAAAUCUGUAAAAAAAAACAAUGUAGACAACCAAAAUGUUCUUUAUGAUGGUGAGAAAUAAUUAUUUCUGGCUCUUGUGUAUUUAAAUUUAGAAAUUUUACAGAUGUUUAUUGGAUUUAAAAUAUGUUAUUAGAUUCUGAACUAAAAAAUAUUUUGCUUUUGUUCUUAUAAGAAAGCAUUACUAAUGAUUUAUUUCUAUUCAAAGCCAAGAACCAAUUUACAAUAACUCCUAUACACCAUGGCAAUAUUGCUUACUGAUUACGAUAUUAACAUGAAAGCCUUAUCUUAAACUAGACUGGUAAAAGCCAGCUGUUUCCUCCACAUGGUCGGUAUGCUGUCGUGCAACAUGUUGAUGCUGGUGCUGAAGUUAUUUCUAAGCAAUCUUGCAUAGGGGCUUGUGUGUUAUGGCGACUGUCAAAUAAAUUUGGGGAAAGUCCCAGCUGGUAGAUAAAUGUCCACUUCAGUCAACAUGGUAAGGCAGUCAAACGUCUUUUAAGAAGUUUGUGAAGAUAAACCAAAUCGCUGCUGUUCCGUCUAACUAGGUCUUGUUGGUAGAAAUUAGCUUCCAAUACUUUAACAAAAACAUUCUGGUACUGCAUACAUUUGGCCUGACUCCAACAAACCUCAGGAAUUUCCUCUGAAUAAUCUGUAGCUGGUUUAUGAGGCCUCGAUGGUAAGGAAACCAGACAGGAUUGCUGUACCUUCAAAAACUUAUUUGCUCUCUUGAAGAAAUAUUUUGAAGUAUUUAAAUGCAUUGUUGAAAGUAUGCACUAUUCUUAAAUAGAUUAAACACUAGUUUUCAGACAAGUAACAUCUUUAGGCUGUAGAAUUCAACAAAAUUUUUAAAAUCUCAGCAAACAAAAGGGCAUUUACAACUAGCACAGUCAAGAGAUCAUUUAUAGAAACAAUGAGAUUGUCAAGACUUCAGAAGGCACGAAACAAACUGAUGACAGUGUGAGGUUACAUCCAUAUGAGUAAGAGUGAGAAGAAGGUGGAGGCUGUGAAAACAGAAAACAAAAAUCUGCUGAACGUUUCUACUAUCUCUUUAAAUCACUAGCACAAUGAUCAUUAUGGGAGACGAGCAUGAAAGUUAGUUGAUACACCUGUUGACCGAGUGAAGCUCCAAAAACUGUUGUUUUCUACAUGGACCUUACAUCAAGUUCGACAACACCUUACAUUGGUUAUGGAGGCUUAUACUGGGUGUCCCAGAAAGGAAUGCACUUUUAUUUUGGGGAAAGCCGAAUGUCCAAGAGAGAUAAGAUAAAGAGCUUAUCAGGGCUUUGUAGCCAUGCCCGCGGAAAAUCAUUUGCCAUGGAUCGCUUUACCGGUGAGCAGCGUGCUUUCUGUGUACGCGAGUAUUACCAUACGCUUUCUUAUGUGACAGUUCGACGACACUUCCGCGCUCAAUACAGACUUCAUGAUCUCAACCAAACGCCAUCAGUGAACAUAAUUAAAUGCUGGGUGCGCAAAUUUGAAGCUACAGGAUCAACUAUGAACCCUCGUCCCAUCGGUCGCCAUAGAGAAGUGCGUUCUGAACAAAAUAUCGAGCGUGUCCGAGAUGCUGUGGAGGAUAAUCCACAUCGAUCAGUAAGAAAACACGCUGCUGCUUUGAAUAUACCCCGAACCAGUAUUCAACGCAUUUUGAAACAAGAUUUGAAGUUACACCCGUACAAAAUCCAGUUAGUACAGGCAUUGAAAGAGACUGACUACCCGCUUCGGCUUAACUACGCAAACAAGAUGCUUCGUAGUUUUAGAAAUUUCAAUAAAAUAAUCUUCAGUGAUGAAGCACAUUUCCAUGUCGAUGGAUAUGUGAAUAAGCAAAACUGCCGUUAUUGGUCUGCAGAAAAUCCAAGGGAGAAACACCAACGCUGUUUACAUGCCCCGAAGGUUACUGUCUGGGCGGGAAUGACUCAAAACAGGCACCAUUGGGCCGUAUUUCUUUGAGAAUAACCAAGGGAACACUGUGACAGUAAAUUCCCAGCGAUACAUAACAAUGAUUAAUGAUCAUUUACAGCCGUUCUUGCAGACGUUACCUCGGGCUAACAGGCAAAGAUUGUGGUUUCAAUAGGACGGAGCUACAUGUCAUACAGCAGGAAACUCCAUGACUGCAAUAAGGCAGCUGUUUCGUGGGAAAGUCAUUUCCAGCUUUGGUGACAUCAACUUUCCUCCGAGAAGCCCAGACCUAACUCCACUGGACUUUUUUGUGGGGGUAUCUAAAAAGUCGGGUGUACAACAACGCUCCUGCUACCCUCGAUCAUCUGAAGCAAAAUAUUCGUGAGGAAAUUGAAGACAUCCCACCAGAACUCUGCCGUCGAGUUUUCGCAGAUGUAAGGUUUCGUUUGGCGGAGUGCCGGCGCCGGAGGGGUCUACAUCUGGAUGAUGUAAUCUUUCACAAGUAAUUUCCCUGAAGUGUAAAAACAGGUAAUCCUGGGAUAAUUGCUGUAAAUAAAGCCAUUUUUCCGGUUUUUUUCUUUUUAAAAGUGCAUUCCUUUCUGGGACACCCAGUAGAAGUGAAAGUAGUCUGUGUGAUUUCUUGUCGAGGCUCAAAGGAUUUAUUAACACAGGGUCUUUCGAGAAUCACUUAUGGAAAGGUAAUGUUUCAGCUUGUUUGGAGGAGCUACAAUUUAUACAUAUGUCCCCCUUUGUUUCAAUCAGUUAAAUUUACUUAUCUUGCUAUGAAUGAAAUCCAAAUCCACAAUACAAAGUAAGAAAGAGGCAACUUCUAGAUUACUUUUUCUUAAAUAGGGAAAUGUAAUCAGUGGCGUAGCUACCUUGGGUGGCACCCGGUGCGGAAGUUAGUGGUGUCACCCCAUAGAAAGUAGAAAGCAAUAAAUUUUAUAUGAUAAAGGUCAUGGAUAAUUUAUUAUUUAUAAUAUUGAAGAAAUAGCAAAAAAAUAAUAACUAAAAGAGAAAAAGAAUUGUUAAACAAUUAAAAUUUCUUAUUGCUAACUUUGACAGCUGCAAACUCAGCAAUAACUUCCUUAAAAUUUAUAUUUUGUAUUUCCUCGUGUUCGAUGGCUAAUAUACUGAGAUUGCUAAGCCGCGAUUGGGUCAUUGUUGCUCGCAAAUAGUUUUUGACGUGACAACGUCUUAAAUUAGGUUGCGGCUCGGAGUCACUCAUGAAAAAGUGUAACGCCCGGUAACGU